AUGAGACCAUGGCUCGAUGUCGUGAGAGACUGCGAUAAUUUCCCCUACGCCGAAGAUGUGGAAUCGGCAUACAAACAACAAUAUACUAAUUCUGUGUGGAAAUUCUUCCUCCCCGAAGACCCCAGGCCGCACGGCUUGAUGGUCGAAUCAGUGGUGAAAAAUAUGCCAUGGACAUCUGAAUUCCGGGUGAUCUCGACCCCAGAGAAGAAGGAGGUUCACCUCCGACCUGAGGGCAACAACUGGGAAAAAUGCAGUGCAAUCAUCGAGAAACAGGUAGCAAUUGCACGUGAAAAAGGCGUCUUUCCUAAGCUGGGGAAACCUAGGAAUGAAGUAUUUCCCGUUGUUGGGGCCCGGUUUCCCGUCGGGAUUGACCGUUCUGCGUUUUCGAUGUUUGGGAUUAUCGGCCGCGGGGUACACAUGACGGUGUAUACUCGGAUAGGAUCGGAGAUGAAGUUCUGGGUGCCGCAGCGGAGUCCAAACAAAUCGGCAUAUCCGGGAUUGUUGGAUAAUACCGUCGCUGGGGGUAUGGCGGCGGGAGAAAAGCCGUUCGAGUGUCUCGCACGCGAGGCAUCAGAGGAGGCUGGGAUGGAUCUCCGUGGGAUGCCUGUGUGGGCUGCAGGAACAGUCACUUGGAUUAAUGUCAGUGAUGAAAGGUCGGGAGGUCAGCCGGGACUUAUUAACCCUGGGGUGCUCUUUGUCUAUGAUCUCGAGGUGGGACCCGAGGUGAAACUCAGUCCGGUGGAUGGGGAUAUCUACGCGUUCCAUGUCAUGGAUGUAGGGCAGGUGAAGGAGGCGUUGUUGAGCGGCAAAUUCAAGCCAUCCUGUGGCUGUGUAAUGCUGGAUUUCUUCAUUCGCCACGGUCUGAUCAGCCCUGAUGAGGAGGACGAUUAUGCAGAGAUCGUGACCCGGCUUCAUAGGAAGUUGCCCUUAGCUGUUAAUUAA